AUGGCCGAAUUUAUGCCUACUUAUCAGCCUACGAAUGUGUUUAAAGAUCGUAGGGAAUUAAAGGAAGUAGAGUAUCGGGCCUUAUAUCGGUUUAGUAAAGUUAAUGUUGAGUGGAUAAGUAACCAUUUUCUUGGAGAGACAGAAGAAUAUAGGGGCGGUGCUUUGAGCAAUAUAGAAAGAAUGAGGGUUUUUUUACGAUAUGUGGGUGAUCCAGGAUUUCAAAUUGGCAUAGGAGAAGCUAUUGGUGUCCAUCAAUCUACGGCAUCCCGUACCGUUUCCAACGUUAUAACACGCAUUGUGCGUCGAGCAUUUGGAUUAGAUUCCCAACCACAUGUGAAGAUCUACACAAUGCUAAAAAUGAGUGGCAAGAAAAGUUCAAUUUUCCUUCAGCUAUUGGUGCUAUAG